AUGAUGGCAGGUCUGACACCGAAUAAAGCUACAUCAACUAUCAAACAUACUGAGGAGUACAUUUUUGCAAGUGACAGCGAUACUGAUCUACAUGAAAACGUCAAAAAUGGAGUCAAAAAUAUCAGUUAUGACAAAAUCGAUCUUGAGGAACCACAUUAUCCAUUAACCUAUCGCCAUUCUUCGUACAAUGUAGAGCGCAGUCUUUCCUCUGCUGCCAACAUUAGCACAUCCUCCACCCCCCUAGGCUCCGCGGCGCGAAUAAAACGAAGCCCUUCCAUCAUCACCCCGUGUGCCGAGGCCAAUGGGGGUAUAAUCUUCUCUACAAAGGGUGCUGUAGUGGGAGAGCAUCUUUUGAGAAUCGCGCGAGGAGGUGCGACACCACUCCAACGCAUCGCCGCGCGGAGGCAGUUGGUAGCCCUCGGUGGCCCCUACGCAGUCCUCGGCCACGGGAGUCCAUUCUCCGUCUGGACACGCCCCUCACCGCUCAAUCCUAAUGUCAUCGCACAGCACAUGAAGGAUCCGAAGCUCGGCGAUAAAUUGAAGGAACUCGACGAAAAUUGUACGAUAUUGAGGAAGGGAAUCGGGAUGCCGCAAGAGGUGGAGGAGGGGGCAUUCGAUGCGAGCCAACAUACUUUGUCCAGUGCUUGCAACUCUCCAAGCGGCGCAAAUAUAUUUUCGAUGGAAAGUUCGUAUUUUGAAAAGUCUCCAGAUCCAAGGUGUGUUUAUUCUCUCACCCGUGCUGAAUGUUGUGCGGUAUCGCUAUUGGCUAUGGAAUACAGCGAGGAGGAUGAGGAGGUCCAUACAGUGGAUCUAACUGUCCCUUCACCUUCCUGCUCUCAACAAGGGUCGUACUCGAAUUUGUCAGUUUCAGCCGAAGCAUGCUAUGCGAUUGGCGAUAAACACACUGGAAGGAAGCCAUUGAGAGACGCAGACAAUGAGUUUCAAUCUCCGUAUAGUACCUACCACGACUUUUCCACUAGUCAUGAAAAGUCAGUUAAGAAUUGCUCGCAGAAACGCUCUCGCAAGGGGUUCUCGGGCACUAAAAUGUCUCACUUAUCAAACGAACUUAGCCAUAAACCUCGUGUAGCUAGAAGACUAGAUUACUCUAUUCAUUCUGAUAAGGAAGAAUCUACCGAACCUUUGAAGUAUAAUUACCUGUCCUCAUCCCUUACUGCCACUGUCAUAGAGAGACAAAAUUAUAGAAAUUUACAGAGUAAGUGGGAUAUCCUCUCCAUAAACUACUAA